AUGGCCAGCGCAUUCGGCCUCAUACUUUGCGUGAUAUGCCUCGCCUUCCUUCAUAGCGCUCUUGGUCUUGCGCAGACCCCCCUCGCCACCCGCGCCAAUGACACCAUCACCCGCGAGCUCUUCUUCGAGCUCGAGGAGCUCGCCCGCAUAGUCGACAUCUCCUACUGCGUAGGCACUGCUGGACUGGGCAUACAGAAGCCCUUCAGCUGCGCGAGCCACUGCGGCGACGAGGACUUCAAGGACUUCGAGCUGGUCACUGCGUGGAACACCGGCCCCCUCUUCAGCGACUCCUGCGGCUACAUCGCCCUCUCGCAUCCUCCCUCGCGCCCACGCAUCAUCCUCGCCUUCCGCGGCACCUACUCCAUCGCCAACACCAUCGUCGACCUGUCCACCAUCCCACAGGAAUACGUCCCCUACCCCGGCGACGACGAUGACGGCGCCACCUCCGACUUCCUCGCCCCGAGCCCGCCUCCUACCGCCGCCGACGAACCACCACCCGCCGACCCUCCCAAGUGCACAAACUGCACCGUCCACACCGGCUUCUACUCUUCCUGGCUGAACACCCGCAAAGCGAUUCUCCCCGCUUUGACCGAAGCCAUCGAGGCCCAUCCAGAUUACGAGAUCGUCCUAGUAGGCCACUCCCUCGGCGGCGCCGUCGCCGCACUUGCAGCCCUCGAUCUCAAAGCGCGUGGCUGGUCCCCGCGCAUCACCACCUUCGGCGAGCCGCGCGUCGGAAACGCAGAACUCAUGGCCUACAUCAACGCCCGCUUUAACAUCUCCUCUAACCGCGAGACAAACCUGUACCACCGCGUUACACACUACGACGACCCCGUGCCUCUCCUUCCGCUCGCGGAAUGGGGGUACACGAUGCACAGCGAGGAGCUCUUCAUUUCCCAAGCCGGAUUUACCGCUGGAGGUGGAGGAUAUCCGCCAUUGCGAGGGCGACGAAGACAGCAAGUGUAUCGCUGGGACGGACGCAGACGGCCCGAGCUGGGGGAUUAUUUCUGGCGGCUGGGGCUGUGCGUCCCGGGAGGCGAUCCGAAGGACUGGUAUAGGAAGUAUCCCAAGCAGCCUGAUGAGGAUGUGCAGGAGAUUGAUGAACUAUGA